AUGGCAGGAAAGGGCUACGGCUAUUAUCGGGUGGUGAUAUUCACUGCCAUGUUCAUUGGCUACACCCUGUACUAUUUCAACCGAAAAACGUUCUCGUUUGUGAUGCCUUCAAUCAUGGAAGAGAUAAGCCUCGACAAAGAUGACUUGGGUAAGAGCUUUCUUCUUGGAAGGAGAUGGUGCAUGCAGAACAUGUUUGUGGUGCUCAAAAAACUUUAUCCUGAAAAUAUUUUCUUGAGAUUUUGGGGGACUUCCUUUCUUUGUGCUUAGGGAUUCAAUUAGAAUUCAGCUGUUGCUUUGCCAGGGAAGUUCUCUUUGGAAGGAGGCCAGUCACUUGGAGGCCAAUUUGCAGUUCUGGGACUGAUGUUGAAAGGCUGCUAGUUGGGCUUCUCUGAGUACUUGCAUUUUCUUUCAUUUCCAGAUAAAGGCUGUCAUUGUUGUUUUGCCUCUAAUAUGCCCCCUUAAUGUCCACUGUGAAGAAUUGCAUCACUUCUUAACCUGAUGUUACAGUAGUGCUAGUACUUAUUUGUUCUUAUGCUAUGUUAAGCGCAAUGCACUGUAGUUAAAACUAUAUUAAUAAUAAUAGGAGAGCAGACUCCUGUCCCAAGGCACUUACAAUCAAUAAUCAAACAAAGGAAAGGAAGCAGAGGCAGAGGCAGGAAAGGCAUAAAAGUACAUAAUGUUUAUUUCCAGUAUGAGUACUUAGAGUUAUUUUCACUAGGAUAUGGUGACUAAAGGAUUAUGCCAGACAAAGGGUCUGUGGACAAUUGUUUCCCCACAAGUUGGAAGCAGCUACAAUAGAUCAGUCUAAAGCCUGAGCAAUAUAUUCCCAGUUUGCCUCGAGAAGGACAAACAUGGCCUUUCCUGAAUGUAGACUUAAGCUUGAGGUAAUAGAUAGAAGGGCAUCAGAAUCUAUAGAGCCUCUGUGUUGUACCUAAUUCUAAUACUGGCUAGCAUUUUGCUUGGUUUAAGUACUACUGUCAAUGAGGCUGAAGAGUUCAUCUGUGACCAAGUUCCUUUGGCAUAACAUGAGCGUGGCAUAACUAUCUUUGGGUUCUCAUCCAAUGCAGGUCUCAUCACCAGCAGCCAGUCCGCAGCUUACGCCAUUAGCAAGUUCAUUAGUGGGGUCCUUUCUGACCAAAUGAGUGCCCGAUGGCUUUUUUCCUCUGGCCUCCUGUUGGUGGGCUUAGUCAAUGUGGUCUUCUCUUGGAGCUCUACCGUCACCGUCUUCGCAGGGUUGUGGUUCCUCAAUGGGCUGGCCCAGGGCCUAGGGUGGCCCCCAUGUGGAAAAGUACUGCGCAAGGUAAGUGUGUGUGUUUGGUUGUUGUUGUUGUUUGUGUGUGUGUUUUUGUAGGGCAUGCUGCUGCUUCCUGAGAUGUUCCUAGCAGCAAGUUUCCAGCAGGGGGCCCUGUGCCAAGAGAGCAGUCAGUCGAAAUCCAUUCUCCAGGGCAAUGGAAGCUGAGAGCUGCAGGUGGCAGCAAGCGGUUCUGGUAGCUUUUGUUUAGCAACUGUUUCUGUUGCUGCCGGUCAUUAAUGCCAGAACCUCACUUGCUGUUUUCCUGUCCCAGGCUGCAGAGGUAGAGGCCUUGCCACUUCUGUCUGCUCCCAAUAGGUGCCAUCCUUCUGGUGAGCUUUGACUUGGCAGCGGUGGUGGGAACUAUCAAUCACAAGCCAUAUCAUAUUUCACUUCGAGAUAUUCUUGGGCAGCUGGCACCCCUGUUGCCCCCAGCAGCAGCAGCAGCCUGCCCAGACUGCCUAAAAUAUGAUCAAAUGACGCUGAGCAAGUGGGCCUUGCAGUGGAAAGUGUUUUCUGUGUUGGGCUAGGCAUUCUGUACCCAGGAAGAGCUGGUGUGCAAGCAGCAUAAAGAAGUAAGAAAAGCACUGUCAAUCAAAUCAAAGGCCCACCUUGUUCAGCACCUGGUUUCCUAUAGUAAGCAACCAGCCACCUCUUGGGGACAUACAGUAAGCUGGACAGGAAGGCAAUAGCUGUUGUUCUCCAGCAAACAGAGGAAGAGGAUGCCUCUGAUUCAGAUGGCAGCAUAUAUGCCUCAUAACCAGUAGCCUUUGAUAGUGCAACAUCCAGAAGGAGAAGGGGAAGCUCUCUGGGGUCCUGGCAGUAACAUACAACCCCCAUUGCAGAAAGAUUGGGGGCUGCAAGUGUUUCUGGGAGCAGUAAACCCCCUUAUUCAAAUCUGUAAAAUAAAGGAAGAUUAUUGCGAAGUGUUUUUGACCAAGAGGCCACUCCAGCUCCUUUUGUCCCACCUUCAGCCUGUGCAGAAGCCUCUGACCCUCUCCCAUUCCAGGAGCCCUUUGCUUAUUAGCUGUGCAAGACCCUCUGCUUUUUUGAGCUGCCCUUGGUUAUGCCCCUUUUAUCUAUCUCCUGUUAUUUUUGAGAAGUUGUUUAGACUUAAUUGAUUGUAUCUUGUUUCAUUUUCUGCUGAUGUAUCUUUUAUACUGUAAACUGCUUUGGGAGCCGUUCAGCUGAAAGGUUUUGGGAACUGUGUUUCAAGAGGGGCAGUUUGAGAUGCAAAUUGGGGGACUGGUUUGCGUCCCAUUGGUGACUCCAGCAAAAUUUUGGCCAUUGUUGUUCAUGACCAGCCUGGAGGCUUAUGGAGCGGAGUUCUAAAGUCACGUGAGCCUUCCGUAUGCAUGCCGGGCCCUGGAAUGGGGACCUUCCCCAACUCAUGUCCUUUCUCUCUCCCUUCUGUGUAGUGGUUUGAACCUUCCCAGUUUGGGACUUGGUGGGCCAUCCUCUCCACCAGCAUGAACCUGGCAGGAGGGCUGGGCCCUAUUGUGGCUGCUCUGAUGGCGCUGAGCUAUGACUGGCGCACAACUCUGGCCCUUUCCGGCUCUGUGUGUGUGGUCGCCUCCUUUGUGUGCCUGCUCCUGAUUAAGAAUGAGCCCUCGGACGUGGGACUGCCCAACAUUGAGCCUGGGCCCAAGAAAGGGAAAAAGGGUGAGUGUCUGGGAGGUGAGAACUGGCUGAGGUGGGACAAAACAGCAGAACUGCCUGAUAUGACCUACUUUUGACCAAGCUGCAAAGUGGAAGGUGUAGAAUCUGGUAGGGCAGGUAGCCCUGACAGGGGACUAUAAGAGUCAGCUCGUGGAAGCCUCCAGUGAGGAUCAAUGGGAAGCCAUGAAAUUCUCCAGUACAGUUAAACUUUUAUGAGAGCUUAGCUCAAGUUCAAGUGAGUAAUGGUUUCUUCUUUGCAGGCUCCUCGGCAAAUGACAGCACACUGGCUGAGCUGCUGCUUUCUCCAUACCUCUGGGUCCUGUCUACCGGCUAUCUGGUUGUCUUUGGUGUGAAGACAUGCUGUACAGACUGGGGGCAGCUAUUUCUCAUCCAGGAAAGAGGACAGUCUGCACUUGUGGGUAUGAGACACCAGCCCCAGUCUAAUGUUGUGUUUUCCAGAGCUAGUCAAAUCCUCGUAGCAGGCAAUUAACCCUACCCUUGAAAAUGUAAAAGAGUUAAUUGUGUGCCAAUGUCAGUUGGGAGUUACCAACAUGAUUCGCUUGAGGGCUGCCUCUGAGCCCUAUCACUGCCUCCUUUAUCAUGAGGAGGUGAGAGAUGGUACCUUUUCCCUACCUUGAAAAGCAAAGAGAGGUGAGAGAAAAUUGCAACUCUAUGUGCUUCUCCUUUUGCUGCUGUAUUGUGGUUUUCAAGACUCAGAUCAGCAGGUAAACAGAAAGAGAAACAGAAUAGGGGGGAAGGGUUAGAGGGAAAGGGGUCUGAUCUGGGAGAUAGGUGCAGGGGUCAGAGAAAAGAGAGCAGGUGCAGACAUAUGAGUUUGAUCUAGAAAAUGAAUUCUCUUGAAAUGGUUUAAGUUUUGGUUUUUUUUCCAGAGACUCACUACCACCACCAAAUCACAGGUCAUAUCUGUCUCCAUUGACAGAAUUGUAAAAACUACAGAUGCAAUAUUUUUCGUUGCUGCCAUGAUGCAAAAACAUGGAUCGAAGACAUGGAACUUUGGGGAUCCUCAUUAUUUUGACAAGAUCUUCUCAAAACCACCAUAAAUCAUAGAUCACCUCUGGAUUGGUUUUUUUUCAUUCUGUGUAAAAAUAAUAAAGAUCAAUGAGAAUCCAUUCCUUGUAUCAAUGUUUUUGAGGUACCGGUACUGGAAAGCACUGGAUCUUAUUUUUCCAGUGUACCCCUCCCUCAUUUGUCUGAGGAGAAAUAGUGACACAGGUGAGAGAAGAAACUAGAAAGGGUUGAGCCCACGCCCCCCUUGCAAAAUUUCAAAUAUGCACACAGGCCCAAAAAGAUUGGUGCCCCAUGGUCUACCCUGCUACUGGCCAUUCUCAAUGCCAAAUAUUGUUUGUUUCCUGAAAUACUUUGUGGUGGAAAAAUAUCUGAGAAACUGCUUUCAGCUGAGAAGUGUUAGUGCAGCAGGCAAGAAACUGUUAGCCUGACAAAUCCCUCAUUUCCAUGUUCUACAAGGAAGCAGAAUUCCCAUGUGCAGAUUCUCCCUCUAGUGUAAGCUGGCUUCUAUUUGUUGUAUACCCUGUAGGAAGUUCCUACAUGAGCGCCUUGGAAGUUGGGGGCCUGGUUGGCAGCAUUGCAGCUGGCUAUCUUUCAGACCAAGCAGUGGCACGGGUAAGUCACCCUGUCUCUUGUAGUAGAAAGGACAGCUACUCCUGGAUGUCUGUUUCAGGCAGCCUUCCAAGGCAGUUGGUGAAUGGCAGUAGGGACAUAGGUAAUGGAGGGGCUUGGCGAGGCACAGGUACUGCUGAGGUUGUUGGCUGUUUUAACACAAGGGCAUCUUCAUGUCUUCCAGGUGGGCCUGUCAAAUUAUGGGAACCCUCGACACAAACUUCUUCUCACUAUGAUGGCAGGCAUGUCGGCUUCUAUGUACCUCUUCCGGGUCACAGUCACAGCCAGCUCUCCUAAGGUAAGCCAUACAAAAGCAGUUUGUUGCCACAGCUCAAGUUAGGCGAGACAGGUACAGUUCAGACAGAAAGCUGAUUUACAGCAUCACAAUGUGAUAGAGGAAAGGACAAAACUGUUCCCAUGCACAAGCAAGGACUAUUUCCUUAUUGCAAGAGCUGAUCGGCUCACAGCAUCACCUGCUCGGAGUACUUAUUGAACAUGUAAUUCUCUUGACUCCUUAUGCUUUUUAGUAAACAGUAGCACAUCCCAGGAGAAGGAUUUCCACAAUUGAAAUGAAGUUUGAGUUCUGGGGCAUACGUGAUGUUCUCCAGCUUUGGAUCCCUUAGAGUGAAAGUUUCUUGGGACCCUUCCUUUCUGGGCUUUUUACAUCCACAGUCCCACCUAUUGAAGCUAUAAAUUUCACGGCUUCGCCAGCUUUGCUCUGCCUUAGAGAAGCAGUCAAGGGAAUUCCCCAGUUCCAAGUAGAGCAUCACACGAGCCAAUGUGGGGUAUUGCCAUUAAUGGCAGAAGUAGGACCCUGUGGUCCUUUAACUCCCAUCAGCCUUAGCCAGCAUGAGCAGUGGCCAAGGAUGAUGGGAGUUGUAGUCCAACAACCUGUGUAUGGCCGCAGGCCCCGAUCAUUGAUGUACAGCAUUGAAGGUGGUGGUGGUGUUUCUGAAUGGCAGGUUUUACAGUUAUUGCAAUGCCUUUUUCUUCUUUUCUCUUUCCAACUUGCUCAUUUUUUCAUUCUUUCUCUCUCAGGAAAGCGACUAUUGGAUUCUAGCCCUCCAUCCUCUUUCUAACCUUGUGGGCUUAACAGAACACGAGGUCUAUAUUCUGCUUUAUCUUUAUCCUGCCUUAGCUUCCCAUAUCUUGCUUCUCUGCUGUUAUUCUGUGGGGUUUAGAACCUUGAAGGAAUGCAAUAAACAUCUAAAAGAAACCAAAGCAUUGUCUGUUCAUGCUGUCAGCUGCUUCACACAUCUGUCUCCUAACACGUGCACUUCAUAGGUAGCAGCUUUGGAGCAUCUGCCUAUGGCAAAAGGGUAAAAGUAGCUUCUGGGAUGCUUAGGGCAGGGGUAGGCAACCUAAGGCCCAGAGGCCAGAUGCAACACAAUCGCCUUCUCAAUCCUGCCCACGGACAAUCAGCAUGUUUUUACAUGAGUAGAAUGUGUCCUUUUAUUUAAAAUGCAUCUCUGGGUUAUUUGUGGGGCCUGCUUGGUGUUUUUACAUGAGUAGAAUGUGUGCUUUUAUUUAAAAUGCAUCUCUGGGUUAUUUGUGGGGCAUAGAAAUUCAUUCAUAUAUUUUUUCAAAAUAUAGUCCGGCCCACCACAUGGUCUGAGGGACAGUGGACCGGCCCACGGCUGAAAAAGGUUGCUGACCCCUGGCUUAGGGAGACAUGAUAUAAUCCUCUGAUUGCACUGAUAGAUAAUGUUGCCCUAAACAUGUUAUCAGACCAGUGUGCUAAAGGUUCUCAUUUUUACAGUCAUAUAUAUUUUAAGGACAGUUUCUGGGGUACUGUUGGAAUUUGUGCAUCUGCAAACAGUGAUUUUAAAGCACUUACCGACAUCUAACCCCAUCAAAUGCUCUUGCACAACCUUUGCUUUCUAUAGAAACUGCUGCUCAUGUUCGUUGUUAAUCUAAUUAACCAGAUUGCUAACAAACAGUUCCCCUUGACUCCAGAUAAAUGGAACUAUAAGCUCUCACAAGCAUAAGGUAUUUCUUAAGUGUAGUCUGAAACACUACCUCGUUGAUAGAGAUCCAGGUAGCAAUCUGUAGGGUAGCUGGAAUUUUACUACCCCCACAUUCUGACUUUCUUUUUGCCCUUGUUUUGUUAGUUAUGGAUCCUGCUGUUAGGAGCUAUCUUUGGAUUUUGCUCUUAUGGGCCGAUUGCAUUGUUUGGAGUAAUAGCAAAUGAGAGUGCGCCAUCAAACCUGUGUGGAACUUCUCACGCCAUUGUUGCACUAAUGGCAAAUGGUGAGUUUAGUCCUUCCAGAAAUUGAGGAUGGCAACACAUUCUCUCCCCCUGCCCUCAAGUGACCUUUUCUUUUCUUUUUCAGUUGGAGGGUUCCUGGCUGGGCUACCUUUCAGUACCAUCGCCAAACACUACAGCUGGGGAACAGCCUUCUGGGUAGCAGAAAUUACCUGCACGGUCAGCACAGUAGUGUUUUUCUUCUUGAGGAACAUCCGCACCAAGAUGGGCCGGGUACCAAAGAAGGCUGACUAA